ACACCGACAGGAGGCAAGCCGAUGGACCCGGGCGACGCCUUCUCGGCCAACGUUUACAAGUGGGAGCCGCGAGAGGCACCGCCUCACCCGUGCCGGCUCCUCCAGCCACUUCCCCCGCCGCCGCCUCCGCCCCCUCAGCCGCCAAUGGCGGCGGCUCAGGUAGAGGAGCAGCGGCCUCGGGAACUGGAAGAGGUGUUCUCGGGGUACGGGGUGCGGUACGCGACGGUGGCGCGGAUCGGGGAGCUGGGGUUCACGGCGUCGACGCUGGUGGGGAUGACGGAGGCGGAGGUGGACGACAUGAUGGCGACCCUCGCGCACCUCUUCCGGUGGGAUCUCCUCCUCGGCGAGCGCUACGGCAUCAAGGCGGCCCUCCGCGCCGAGCGCCGCCGCCUCGUCGACUCCCGGCUCCUCCGCCACCACCGCCACGACGACAACGGCGACGGCGACCCGCGUCGCCGCCUCCUCCUCCCAAGCGACCAUCUCCACGGCAACAACAACGCCCUCGACGCUCUCUCCCAAGAAGGGCUGUCAGAGGAGCCGGUGCAGCACGACAAGGAAGCAGCAGGGAGCGGCGGAGAGGCAGCCGCGGGGGUGGCGAAGAAGGACAGCAACGGCAGGCAACAGCGGAGCUCGAAGAAGCACAAGAGCAACGGCCACAACAAGAAGAGCAAUAAAAGGAGGUCGUUCCAAGAGGGAGACGAGGAAGACGAAGACGACGACGACGACGACAACGACGACUGGGGCUCCGGCUCGGAGACGUCGGAGAAGAGCCGGCGGGCGGAGCGGCAGCGGGAGCACCCGUUCAUCGUGACGGAGCCGGGGGAGGUGGCGCGCGCCAAGAAGAACGGUUUGGACUACCUCUUCCACCUCUACGACCAGUGCCGCCACUUCCUCCUCCAGGUGCAGGCCCUCGCCCGCGAGCACGGCCACAAGUGCCCCACCAAGGUGACCAACCAAGUAUUCCGAUAUGCCAAGAAGGUCGGGGCCAGCUACAUCAACAAGCCAAAGAUGAGGCACUACGUGCACUGCUACGCCCUCCACUGCCUCGACGAGGAGGCGUCCAACGCGCUGCGGAGAGCCUUCAAGGAGCGGGGCGAGAACGUGGGAGCCUGGAGGCAAGCCUGUUACAAGCCCCUGGUGGCCAUCUCGGCGAGGCAUGGUUGGGACAUCGACGCCGUCUUCAACGCCCACCCCCGCCUCUCCAUCUGGUACGUCCCCACCAAGCUCCGCCAGCUCUGCCACCUUGCACGCAGCAACGCCAACGCCUCCUCCAGCUCUGUCUUGGCCGCGACAUCCGAUGGUCUCCCGGCGCCGCCACCAAUGUUCUAGGCCUCUGUUACGAAC